UUCAAAUGCUGGUUCAAACCACAGUCGUCCUCCGGAGAGAGUAAACAUCAAAAUAAGAACAGAGGAGCUCAAUACAGGCCUGGGGCCAACUGAUUUUAAUGAUAAUGGGCAGAUGGGAGUGCAGGCAGACACCGAAGAUUGCGAUAUUGAUACAGAAGAUACAGAAAGUUCUGGGUCCGAAACUUUAGACCUACUGCAAAAUGUACAUUUCCAAGAUAUAGGUCUCACUCACACAUUAGUUAAUAAUGAGCUACAUGAACACCAAAACGUCAGCAAUCACCAACAAGCACACACUGAAGCCAGUGAGGAUCAGCAGGACAUUUUCAGGCCUGUGAGCCUAGAUCCAGUGGUACAGACAGUGACAUCAUCGACAAAGUUGUCCAGCCCUACUGACCAUAAGCAACAUCGAGAGACGUCGAGUUCCAUUAGCACAAAGGAUGUUGAGGGUGAUCAUGACCACGGGAUGUGUGAAGAAUCAUUGAGAGACACACUGGAUAACGUGUCCUCACCUGAGCAGUUAACCACUGAGUACACUUGCCUUGUCGCCACAGCCAGCCUCAGUUCCUCUUCAGUUGUAUCAUCAUCAGGUUUACCGACAGCCAAUUCCAGCUCCACCACAUACAGAAAAGAGAUGACGACAGACAUAGCCGGGACUGAAUUGGUCAUGGACAGCUGUAUUAAUGCUGUGUUCGAAUCAGAGCAGUUUACCACUGCCCCUUCUACCAUCACAGUGAUGAACCCCAUUGCUUCUUGGGAGACUGAAGACGUCAGUGUGAAACCCGAAGAGAUUCAGCAGGGCCAAGACAAUGCUAAAAAUGGAUCCAUACCUGAGCAGUCAAUCGACCAACCUGAACUCAGCUCUGUCACUGAGACAAAUUCCUGCACCACCUUGAUGAGUGAAGUCUCCUUGCCUGAGCAGCCAGCUGAAAAACCUGGACUCAUCUCCCCCACUGUGGCAGAGUCUCGCACUACCUUGAACAGUGAAGUGUCCAUACCUGAACAGCCAGCUGAAAAACCUGUACUCAUCUCCACCACUGUGACAGAUUCUCGCACCAUCUUAAACAGUGAAGUGUCCAUACUGGAGCAAAUAGACGCAAAACCUCGACUCAGCUGUGCCAUGUUGAAAACUUCUCGCACCAGCUUAAACAGUGAAGUGUCCAUACCUGGGCAGCUAUCCAUUGAGGCUACCAACUCCAUCACACCAGCUAAAUACAGCGUGUCUGGGACCACACUAAACAUGAGCAUAUCAUCUGAGGACAUUCUGCUGGGUCUGGAUAGCUGUGACGAAGUGUCCAUAUCUGAGCAGCUAUCCAUUGAGCCUACCAACUCCAUCACAACAGCUAAAUACAGCGUGUCUGGGACCACACUUAACAUGAGCAUAUCAUCUGAGGACAUUCAGCUGGGUCUGGAUAGCUGUGACGAAGUGUCUAUAGUGACCAUUGAGCCAUUUACCCCAGACCUUGGGGACUCCAUCAGUGUGGCAAUGGCAAACUUCAUUUUAGAUGGAGAAGGCACCACAGCAACACUGGAGAGGCACCAAACAGUAAAGAACGAUGUUGAUGAUGAUGUGUCCAUACCUGAGCGACUAUCCAUCGAGCCUCCCAACUCAAUCACACCACCUCAAACUGGCUCUCAUUGUCAAAACCAAAAAGUUACAUCUGCUCUAUGGUCCGAUGUGAAGUCUGCUUUUGCCUCCAUUGCAAGACACAUGAGCAUAGAUCAGAGCAUGACAUCCAAAAGGAGUUCUACCAGCUCUCGUAGCCACAGUCUGUCUCUUGAAAUUCCAACUGAAAUCAGGGAGUUGUCUCUUGAACGCACAACCGAAUCUCUUGAGAUGUCAGCUCAGACAGGAGACUUACCUCUUGAAACACAUGAGCAUAGAUCAGAGCAUGACAUCCAAAAGGAGUUCUACCUGCUCUCGUAG